AACACCUGUACAAUUAUCAAAAUAUUCAGUACUACGGAGAAGUGCUUGUAGGAACUCCACCACAAACGUUUCGUGUACUCUUCGACACAGGAUCAACCGACACCUGGUUUCCAUCAAGAAAAUGUUGGUUUCUGGACAUUCCCUGUUGGUUCAUUCGAUUUUAUGACAGUUCGAAGUCAUCUACUUAUCAGCGGAAUGGCACAAGUUUUGAAGUCGAUUAUAUGGACAGUACUUUCUAUGGAUUUUGGAGCAUGGAUACAAUACAGAUAAACUCUUUAGUUAUUCGCAAUCAGGCGUUUGCAGAAGUCACUGAUAUAUUUUCCACCAGUUUCUUUGGCAGUGAAUAUGAUGGAACAAUUGGUAUGUCAUGUGAAAAGUUAUCCGAAUACGGGAAUAUUCCUGUCUUUCCAAAUAUACUCGCUCAAGGAGUGAAGAUGGAUCCAAUAUUUUCAUUCUAUUUGAACGGGAAAGAUGGUGCUGUUGUUGGUGGAGAGAUGGUACUCGGUGGUGUCAACACUGAGUAUUUUACCGGAGAUUUUGAAGUCUUACCCGUCCUUCUCGAAAAUAAAUGGGCUGUUGGAAUGAAAAGCUUCAGGAUAAAUGGAGUGGACUACUGCAAUACAAGAUGUAUUAGUCUGAUAGAUACCGGGACAUCCUUGAUACUGGGAUCCAACGAAGUGGUGGAUGAGAUUAAUUCCAGACUUGGCGCCACGGAGAGUGGCGAUGGAGAGUACGUAUUCGACUGCAGUAAUAUUGACAAGCUCCCUCCAAUUGAGAUUGUCUUCACGAGAAGGAAAUAUGUGCUUGAGGCGAAGGAUUACAUAGUCAAG